AGCUUUACUUCUUCAUUCAGCCGGCGAAGGUGGAUAUUUUCGAAACGUUGGCUGACACAGGCGAGGGGAAAGAUUACGAAAAAGCGGUGAAGGCUUUGAACGGUUAUUUCAUUCCAAAGGUAAAUUCGACAUACCAAAGUCACCUUCCCCGCAGCAUGGAACAACAGGACGGCGAAACUGUGGCUCAGUUAGGGACACGAUUGAGGCAAGUGAUCAAGGACUGUGACUACGGCGAACAAGCCGAAAACCAGAUUCGUGACCAAGUCGUGCAGCGAUUUAAAUCACAUGAAUUAAGGAAGAAGCUGGUGGGAAAAGGUGACAAAUUAACCUUAGAGCUGUUACUUUCGACGGCAGCAAAUCACGAGCCAGUUCAACCACAGCUGGAGAGUGUGGAAAGCAGAAUUCGAAAGGAUGUGAAUUCGGUCCACGACAAGCAGGAAGACAAAGGGAAGGAGCCUGUAAAGCGAGCAUGCUACAGAUGUGGAAAAGUAGGGCAUUUUGGACGAGACUCUGAAUGCCCUUCGAAAGGAAAAACUUGCCAUAAGGGCGGAGGUGCUGACCAUUUUAGUUCGCAGUUUAGAACGAAAACAGCUAAACCUCCCAAACCUGCCCGAAAAGAGAAGACAAAGGGAAAGAAAAAGAAGUCAGUCAAGUAUGUGUGGGAAGUGAAAUAGAUGAAGAUGAGUAUGCAUUUACUGUGAAUUCUGCUGCAUCACUUGAGGAAAUAGAUGUGACAGUGGGCGGAGUUGUAGUUGCGAUGUGGAUUGAUUCGGGCGCGAGCACCAAUGUGGUUGACAAAA